GGUGACUGGCUGUUAUUACUUGCGGCUGAAUAGCCAUCGCCGUUCUCAUCAUGAGUAGACCGGCCGCCCGCCCGGGCAUCACGCGAAACGUCUCGUACGCCUCCACCAUCACCAUCGUAGACGAGUCGUCGCCCAUAUCUACCGGCUCUUCGAACAACGAGCCCUGGUCAUUCAAGGAGGGGUCGCUGCCGUGGGAUGGCAAGAGAAUAGUGGAGGAGAGGGGGAUACCGACACCGGUACCGGAAGAAGGGAACCGGCUCGAGCGCCGGCGGUGGUUCCGCCUGGGGGUGUGGGGGUUCACGACCAUCGCGCUCGGGUCCUUCGUCACGCUCGCCAUCCUCGGCUUCCUCGGCUUCCUGUGGACGACCGAGGCCGUGUCGGGCAGCGAGCGGGCGCCGGCGGCGUGGCGCUGGGUCGUGCUGGGCGGGCGGGCUACGCAGGCCGUGACGCUGGCAACGGUGGUGGCGCGGGCGGCCAUCACGGCGCAGUCGACCGUCUACACGAGCCUGAUUGCCGGCAUCGCGCUCGAGCGCUACGGCGUCCUGCUGUCCGCCGCCGCCCAGUUCUCGGUCCUGCGCGCCAUCAACGACGGCCCCCUGCGCCUAGCCUGGCUGCUGCUAACGUCUUCGCCGCGCCGGUCGGCGCUGCUGGCCGGCCUGGCGGUUGUGCUGUUCGCCACCACGGUGGCCGUGCAGUUCUCGUCCACGAUCCUCGUGUCGGACCUCGAGUUCUCGGCCCUGAGCAACGGCUGGCUCGACCGGCCGACGGCGUACGUGCCCUUUGGCGAAAUCUCGUCCCCGGGGGCCGCCGACGCCGUCCCGUCGGGAAAGACGGGCCUGAGCGACACGGGCAUGGUGCGGCGCGGCUUCCUCCCCGUGCGCCAGCAGCAAAUCAUCCGGCGGUACCACAGCCCGGCCAUCGUGUUCAACUCGCGCUUCCUCCGGGACCAGAACGCGCGCGCGCGCGAGGGCUUCAGCAACAGCAUCUGCGUGCCCGACGGCCGCGGCGCCGCCGACAGCGCCCGCAACUUCACGCUGUCCGACGAGGCCGUGCCGCGGCACGCCGGCAUGUUCCUCUUCCUCCGCACCAACGGCGCUGCCGAGCUGUGGCGGGGGCCCAACAUGACGGUUGUCAGCGGCCAGUUCCCGCUGGCGGCCGCGGCUGGCGAUGGCGGCGGCGGUGGUGGCGCCGACGAGUGGGCCAGCUUCGAGGUCGCGGUCGGUGGGCGGUUCGUGGGCGCGCAGCUCACGACGGGCGGGCUCCGGGUCGACGCGUCGCUGUGCUUCCAGGAGGCCGCCUUCGACAUGUCCGACGUCAAGGUGCAGUACCUGACGACGCGGCUCGUCAGCAGCAACUACAAGGCGCCGCGGUCGGGCGGCGGCGGCAACGUCUCGCUGCUCAUGGACCCGCUCGGCGCGGACGAGGUCAGCCUCGACUUUGAGCCGCACGUCGAGUACCAGGCGCUGUUCCGGGACCUGCUCAACGCCACGGGCCGCCCCGCCGUCGCGCUGCAGUCGGUUCUGGCGGCGCUGGCGGGGUCCAUGGUGACCGAGGCCAUGCCGCAGUUCAACGUGCGCCCCAACGCGACCGUGACCUCGUCCGAGUUCGUCCUGACGCCGCACCGCACCCGCGGGCUCGUCGUCGUGGCCGCCGUCGCCGGCGCCAACAUGGCCUGCGGCCUCGCCGCCCUGACCACCAGCCACUCGGCCCGGGGCAGCUUCUGGCAGGUGCUGUCGCAGCUCGUGUCGGAGCACACUGUGGGUCCUCGAGUGCUCCGCCGAGCUCAACGACCGCGACGUCGCCAGCCUCACCGCUAGGGACCUGGACCCCUACGUCAAGAUUGCGCGCUCCGCCAAGACCGGCCGGGUUCGGGUCAUGCUUUCGAGCGCGGUGAAGCAGGGGUACUGAGGCCCGUUCGCAGGCCAUCACGCGGGUUUGGAGUGAGAUUUGGCGUGCCACUUUCCCCGCGCCUCCCCUGCGCCAACCUUGCGUCUAUACGUCUCUCGCCAUGACAGCUGCGAGCUUUCCACAUGUUUUCCUUUCUCUUGAUACACCCCAACUCCUCUUGGGGCGGCCGUGCGGGCUUUCCAAUAUGUA